AUGUCCACAUCCGAUGUCGCGUCCGGCCAAUUCAAGCCUUUGCUAAAUGAGAGCGUCGGAUACGGCGUCGUCAUUGGCGUCGGAUUCUUUUUCGCAGCACUCAUGCUUCUAUUGACUACGUUGCAACGCAAAUUCUCUGACUUCUCUCCUUCUUCUUCCGAGGAAUUCAGCAGCGCUUCUAGGAGCGUAAAGAUAGAACUCAUCGGUUGCAGCGUGUGGUACGGAGUCGGAGGUACAAUUCAGCUUGCAUUCUUCGCAAUGGUAGCAGCAAAGAUCGCAAAGGCCCGAUUCGGUACAAGCGUGCACGUACUCUUCACGUUUUAUGGCUUCGUAUGCAUACUGGUGCAUCGCUGCUUGCUUCUGCUCCUGAUCGGCAUCGCCGUGUACGUGGUUUUCGGCGGACUCCACGCUACAUUCAUGUGCGACUGGGCACACACCAUCAUUCUGUUCAUCAUAAUAUCUCUCUUUGCUGGUCAUGUCUACGGUACCUCUCCAGAGACAGGGGGUGUCGGCGCCCUGUAUGACCUCCUCGUGCAGGCAGGGAUUGAUGCGCCUGUCAUUGAUAACCAGGACGGCAGCUACCUCACUAUGAAGUCGAGCCAGGACAUGGUCUUUAGAGCAGCGGCGAUGUUAUCAGGUUUUGCCGGGGUAUUUUGCGAUCAAGGAUAUUGGCAAUGGGCAAUCGCCAUCGCUCCUCAAUCUACGAUUAAGGCCUAUGUCAAUGGAAUAUUUUUCGCAAUAUCGUCGUGUGAGCUCACGCUCAUGUCUCACGAUCGUGCGACAGAUGUCGGUAGGGCUGUCAUGCCGAAGUUCCCGACAUACCCGCAUCGUCUCUCGGCGUCUCAAGUGAGCGCUGGUCUUGCCGCGCCUGCUGCUACCGUUGUUGUGAUGGGCGAGGGAGGUGCUAUUGCUAUACAAUUGGUUGUAUCCAGCAAGCUCAAAGGUGUCAGCAUGGCUCUAAACGCAGCGAGCAUCGACCUUGGGUGGCUGUUCUAUGUGCAAUGUAGAGGCGUCGUCCUGAAUUCGGCAGUCAUUCCGAUAGCGCUAGAUGAACGGUACAUUCUGCACUAUUUGGGAGCCGAGAACUGGAACUAUGGCCAUUGCGCUUGGCGUAGUAUCAUUAUUUCACAGGAAGUAACUAUGUCCGUGUUUGUGCUGGUCAACAAAGGAUUGUGUGCAGGAGAAACCGAGCGAGCAGCUUCCAAGGAGGGCAGCAAAUUCAAACGCUCAUGA